AUGUCACCAUCUUUACCAUUGUCAUCAAUAAAUGAUGAUAAUCCAUCAAAUGAAUCACAUUUGUUAGAAUUACCAAAAGGACAAUUAGACAACAACGAUACAAAAUCAACAAAUGAACUGCUGUCCAAUGAUAGUUUAGAAUCAUUUUUACCACAACAAACCAAUAAUAAUAAUCAAGAAUUACCAGUUAGUGAACCAAAUAAUGAACCAAAAUCAAAAUCACCCACUGUAAAUAACAAUGGUAAUAAAAGUAAUUGUGAUUGUGGAAAAAGAGGAAUGGAUGCAAUUGAAGAUAGUCUUGAAAACUUUUUCAUAAAAUAUAUUAAGUUAAAUUAA